GCUCCGAUGCGCGGCUGGGACGAGUGCACGACGGCGGCGCUGCACGCGCGCAUCCUGGAGGCGCAGCGCGGGCCCGGCGCGGCCGAGGCGCCCGCCUGCGAGCCCGCGCUGGACCUGGCGGCGCCGACGCCGCUGCUGCCGCUGCCUACUCUGUCGUUCAGCGCGGCGCAGGUGGCCACCGUGUGCGAAACUCUUGAGGAGAGCGGCGACGUCGAACGGCUGGCGCGAUUCCUGUGGUCGCUGCCGGUGGCGCACCCCAACGUGGCCGAGCUGGAGAGGUGUGAGGCGGUGCUGCGUGCGCGCGCCGUGGUAGCAUUUCAUGCGGGUCGGCACCGCGAGCUGUAUUCGAUCCUGGAGAGGCACCGGUUCCAGCGGUCGAGCCACGCCAAGCUGCAGGCGCUCUGGCUGGAGGCGCACUAUCAGGAGGCGGAGCGGCUGCGCGGUCGGCCGCUGGGGCCCGUCGAUAAGUAUCGCGUGCGCAAGAAGUUCCCGCUGCCGCGCACCAUUUGGGAUGGCGAGCAAAAGACGCACUGCUUCAAGGAGCGCACACGCUCGCUGCUACGCGAGUGGUACCUGCAGGAUCCCUACCCGAACCCCACCAAGAAGCGUGAGCUGGCGGCUGCGACGGGCCUAACGCCCACGCAGGUCGGCAACUGGUUCAAGAACCGACGGCAGCGGGACCGCGCCGCCGCCGCCAAGAACCGCUCCGCGCUGCUCGGCCGCGGCUUCGCCUCCUCUUCCACCUACGACGAGGAUUCGGCCGACUCCGAAAUCAAUGUGGACGAGGAGUAGCGGCGCGUGGCGCGGGACAAAGUGGUUACGUUGCAAUACGGACGAGCCCGUCGCGGCGCGAGUGAUGUGCGGACGGACGUGGUGAAUCAGUUCGCAUUAGGGUAUCUUUUGAGUGCUAGUGAAGUUGAUAUCGCCGUAUCUCCGCAUCAGGUAUGUACUGUGCACUAAGUAGUGACCGACGACGCUCGCCGCUGUCGAGUGCCGGCUAGGCAAACAUCCCUUCGCACAAGCAAGCGACCGCGGCGGUUAUGGCCGACG